CUUGCCUUUCCCCACCAUUGUCACGGUGUCGGACGCGUCCCCUUUCUCCCUCGACGCGUCUCUGGGCUUCAGCUUUGCAACUCUCACCGUAAAAGUCGCGGUUGAAACACAACCCUAUCUGGGCGCCAAUCACCUAAACCGCCAUCAAUAGACAUAGCGCAUUCCCCCGUCCGUGGGAGUGUUCUUGAACACACAAUUAGCAAGGACAAUGCCAUCGCUGUCCAGUGAGAUGGGCAGCGAGAGCCAGGCCAGCCAGAUGUUGCGCCUGGUCACCGAAGACGACAGCAGCUCCGGCAGCGCGUUCUCCAAACAGAACGACGCGUCCGACCUCCAGUCUUCCAACGACAUCCCCGAAUCCGUACCCAUAGAGGACGUCGCGCCCCAGUUCUACCUCUACGGUCUCGGCGAGUCGCAAUCGCAGCGACAAGGGGACGACAGCUUCGCCGAGGGAUCGCAGAAGGAGAACCUGGGCAGCUCGGGCUCAGGCCCGAGCAGCUCACAAGGAGGGAGCCAGGUCGGGACGCUAGCUGAAGCACGGGUCAACGCACCGGCCCCUGCGAAGGCACGGGCAGACAUGGCCCCACCGCUGCUUAUUGUGCGUGUUACAUUCAAGCGCCAAUGGUACUUAACCCUGACCGCGUUCUUCUUUCAGACCUCGAGCAAGUCGCCGCAGCCCUCGACGA